CGCUAUCUGUAAGUGGUGAUAAGUUAUUUUAACAUUAUUAUUUAUAUUUACUUUAUGUUAAACCAUUAUGUCUUUUACAAAAUUCACUUUUAAAGAUUUUUCGUGGCUAAACGAGCCAAGAAAAUGGAAAGUAACAAAUAAUACAUUAGAAGUCUCAACCAAUUAUGAAAGUGAUUUUUGGCAAGAAACUUAUUACAAUUUUAAUCACAAUUCAGGCCAUUUAUUUGGGAUCGAUAUUAAGGAAAAUUUUACAAUGCAGGUGUGUGUAGAAGCAAAUUUUGAAGAGCUGUAUGACCAAGCAGGUGUUAUGAUAUAUUCAGACGAAAAGCACUGGCUCAAAGCCGGUAUAGAGUUUAACGACGGUCAACCAAUGAUCGCUAGUGUUCUUACUAACGAACUAUCUGAUUGGGCUACAGGUAUAUUUACUGGCAACCCUGGAAAAUUUUGGAUGCGCAUUACUAGAGUGGAUCGUGUUAUUUGCGUGAAAUAUUCAACAGACAAAAUUGUGUGGAACCUAUUACGACUCUGCCCAUACCCUGAAGCUGAUAAAUAUUUUGUCGGAGUUUUAACUUGUUCGCCGAAGAGAGAAAACUUAAAACUCAGCUUUAGUGAGCUUGCUUUUUCAGUACCCCAAGAAGAUAUUCUCCAUUCAAAUUGAAUUUAUUUUGUAAAUAAAAUGUUUUUUAUUGUUAAAAUUAUUAACAUAA